AUGGCAACGACGACGCUCACGUCAACCACCAUCGCGUCGUCCCCGCGGCCGCCCGCCCCCUUCUGCGGCCGCUCCGGCUGGCAGCGCGCGCGCCGCCCGCCGUCCUCAUCUUCAUCCUCCGGUCAGGGCGGCUGCGCGCGGCCGCUGGACCGCGUGGCCGGGUGGGUCGGCGGCGGCAUCGCCGCGGCCUUCUUCGCCUCCCUGGAGCGGUGCUCGUGCGUCAACGUCCGCACCCACGACGACCUCGACGACGACGAGCAGCGGGACUCCGUGGCGCCGCUCAUGCUCGGCAACGACGGCAACGACGACGUCGACGAGGGCAGGGGGAGGAGCAGGAGGAGGUGCAGGGGAGGAAGCAGGAAGGGCAGGAGGAGUGGCGGCGGCGGCGGCGGCGGCGUGGGUUGCCACGGUGAUCAAAUCUGA